GUUGUCGACAAUCCAGAUAUCGAUAUUGUUGUUGAACUUAUCGGGGGUGUCACAACAGCACACUCCCUCAUUAGACGCGCUAUCCAAAAUGGUAAGCAUGUCGUCACAGCAAACAAAGCCCUUCUUGCCGAACACGGUGGCGAACUGUUCCAACUGGCUUCAGAACACCAAGUCAGUCUCAAUUUUGAAGCGAGCACGGCUGGCGGUAUUCCGAUCAUCAAAACCCUACAAGAAAGUUUCGCGGGCAACCAGAUCCACUCCCUUUACGGUAUAGUGAACGGGACGUGUAACUACAUUUUGACCGAAAUGCACGAGCGCGCUGUAGACUUUUCAGAUGUGCUCAAAGUCGCACAGGACAAGGGGUACGCCGAAGCCGACCCAACGCUUGACGUUGAAGGAAUUGAUGCCGCACAAAAACUCAUUCUCCUGAUCGCUCUCGCAUACCGGAGUAGUAUCUCACUGCAGCAAUUCCAUGUCGAAGGUAUUACAAGUAUCACCCAAAAAGAGAUUCAAUACGCUCGCGAACUCGGUUAUGUCAUUAAACUCCUCGCAAUCGCCAAACUCACCGAUGGAAAUCGUGUGGAGGCGCGUGUACAUCCGACACUCGUGCCAGAGCGAAGUUUGUUAGCAAACGUCGGUGGGGCAUUCAACGCCGUUUGUGUUAUCGGUGAUGCUGUCGGUCCGACCCUUUUUUAUGGACAAGGUGCUGGUGAGAUGCCAACGGCGAGUGCUGUUGUCGCGGACAUCAUUGAUGCCGCGAAAUCUGUGCAACAAGGCAUAAGCACCCCGAUUUCACAAGCAUGGCUCGCAGGGGCACAGGCGGAAGUCGGUGUGUGUCCUAUUGAUGAUAUUGAGACGCGGUAUUACAUCCGUUUUGUGGUUGCCGACCGACCCGGCGUUCUUGCAAAAAUCGGGACUAUUUUGGGGAACUGGCAGAUUAGCAUCGCUUCUGUCAUCCAAAAGGAUCCGCACGGUAUGGAGACCGUGUCUCUGGUGAUGUUGACGCACAAAGCGCAGGAAAAAAACAUGAAAGCCGCGCUCGCACAGAUUUACACGCUCGAAGAUGUAAAAGACAAAGCACAACUCAUUAGAAUCGAAGAAGAAGUCGAUUUUUAA